CGCAGCGGCCGGGCCGAGCCGAGCCGAGCCGGGCUGAGCCGGGCCGGGCCGGGCUGGGCGGAUCAUGGAGCGGGUCAUGGCGGCGGCGGCGCGGCGGGUCGGCGUCCCGGGACGAGGCUGCGGGAGAGGCGGCGCGCGGGGCUACCGCGCGGCGCUGUGCGCCGAGCUGGCGAAGCCGCUGCUGGUGCGGGAUGUGCCCUCGCCUCCUCUGCAGCCCCAGCAGGUCCGAGUGGGUGUUCAUUACUGUGGGUUAAAUUUUGCAGAUAUCUUGGCCUGCCAGGGUUUGUAUCAGGAAAAACAUACUCUUCCGUUCACUCCUGGAAUGGAGUUCUCGGGGACGGUGACGGAGACCGGGGAAGGCGUGAGCGCCGUGAAGGCGGGGUGCCGGGUGGUCGGCGUGACGGCCGGCGCGGCUAUGGCGCAGCAGUGUGUCGUCCAUCAGAAGAUGCUGUGGCAGAUCCCCGGAGGUGUGUCCCACGAGGCCGCCGCCGCGCUGCCCGUCGCCUACGGCACUGCCGCGCUGCUGCUCCGCCGCAGGGCGCGCGUGCAGCCCGGGGAAACCGUUCUGGUGACGGCGGGAGCUGGUGCCACAGGGCUUGCAGUUAUCGACCUGGCUGUCAAUGUUUUCAAGGCAAAGGUGAUAGCAGCGGCUGGAAGCGACGCCAAGUGCGAGCUGGCUCUGAAGAGUGGCGCGAGCCACAGCGUGAACUACAGCCAGAGCAGUCUGAGGGAUGAAGUGAUGCGACUCACAGAUGGCAGAGGGGCCGACGUGGCUGUUGAGGCUGUUGGUGGGGACAUCUUCAAGGCAGCUCUGCAAAGUUUGGCUUGGGAGGGCAGGAUUGUGGUGAUAGGUUUUGCUGGAGGAAAAAUCCCCUCGAUUCCUGCCAACUUGCUGCUUCUGAAGAACGUGUCUGCCAUGGGAAUGUAUUGGAGCCGUUACCAGAAAGAGAAUUUCCCUGUUUUCUCCUCCACUAUCUCCUCUGUUCUUGAGUAUUGCCAGGAGGGAAAGAUCCAUCCUAACGUUGGAGCAAUCUUCAAACUGGAAGAGGUAAAUGAAGCUUUUAACCACGUACUGCAGCGCAGGUCCACCGGAAAGGUCAUCAUCUCCAUGAAGUAGAUCAACGCUCUCCUCCGGACUCGACCUCCUGCUCUUUUCCUGUCCCGAAGAGGAGGCUCUCCAACCCACCUUCUCCCAACAGCAGACAAGCAAAAUGAAGCAGGGACAUAACAGAGAUUGGGGCUUAACAAGUUGCUGUCUGUCAGCUGAGCAAACAGCCGUAGAUGUUUGAGUGCAUGUUUUUAGCCUGUCCCAGUUCUGAGCUUAGCCACCAGCUGGAGCCAAGCCACGCUGUGUCGCGGAGCAGCCCAUGUGGAUGGGUGAAACUCUUGCGACUGCCACUUAGUUGUACAGCAGACACUUUGCUUUUGCUUUGUGCUUGCAGACAGCCUAGGGAACCUGGUAGUACUGUGCAGGAUUUCUCAAGUGACUAUAUGCAGUAUAGUAACCGUGAGGAAUCCUCACCAUCCAACUUACUUUAUGUGUCCUUACAGCCACAGUUGCAAGAGCAGUAAUUUUGUUGCACCCCAAAAACUUGAUUAAAUUUACACUGCUCUCAAAA